UGGCUAGUUGCUCGUCUCGCUAAGAGUACCUAUAAGAUGCUGGUAUGGGCUCCAACUACCUAUACCUGGUUGCAACAUGCGAGCAUCUAAAACACAAGAUCAGCAGAGACAUACCUAAAGUACGGCUACCUAGGUACACUGUACUGUAUUGUACCUAUCAAGCUUGCCGAGCCACGCACAAAUCCCAGUACCUCUCUGCUUUCGUUGCUUCCAUCGAUCGGGAACAAGAUGGGGGACCCGUCCGAAGCUCCAGCACAAACCCAUAUAGGCGAUCAGUACGAUGUGCCCGAGUUUGAACCACACUCUUCCGUCGCUACGUUGAAAGAGCGAAUACGGCACCACUACGAGUUGGCAUCGGAUUACUACUAUUCUUUAUGGGGUCAACACAUCCACCACGCCUACUUCCUCUCGCCGUCCGACACCAAGGAGACCGGCCAGACAAACCUAAUCAACUUACUCCUCGAAAUCUCCGCUCUCAAACCAGCCACCACCGUCCUCGACGUAGGAUGUGGCAUUGGCGGCACCACGCGCCAUCUAGCCCGCGACCACGGCUGUACCGUCACCGGCAUCACCAUUAGCGGUCGUCAAGUCCAGAUCGCCAAACGUCUGACCGGCGACGAAUCGUCCACCCCAGUAGACGCCGAUGGCUUCACCCCGAUCGGCACAAACGGCGGGCGUGUGCGCUACCAGGAACUCGAUGCCGAGAAGAUGGACGCCCAUUUCUCUGCCGAUAGUUUCGACGCUGUCUGGAUAUCCGAAGCUCUCAGCCACUUUCCCGACAAACCUCUGUUUUUCCGCAACGCGGCCAAAGUCCUGAAAGUAAAUGGCAAGCUAGUCAUAGCAGAUUGGUUCAAGGACGAUGAUCUCAACCAGGAAGCUAUGGAGAAUGACAUCGAGCCAAUUGAAGACGGCAUGCUCCUCCCUCCUUUGUCCACACAGUCCGACUACAUCUCUCUCGCGGAGAAAGCUGGUCUGAAAGUCCUCCACCCACCCAAAGAUAUCAGUAAAGAAGUGGCGAAGACAUGGGACAUCUCUUGGAGUCUAGUAUCGUCGCCCUCGCUCUGGGCCUUUGCCAUCUCCCAAGGUCGAGACGGAUUGGCCUUUUUGCAAUCAUUCCGUGCGAUGCGCAGGGGUUAUGCGAACGGUAAUUUCAGGUACGCUGUCAUGGCGUUUGAGAAGCCUGCGUCUGGGACUGGGGUUGCACCAGCGGCAUAGCGGAACAUAACUGGUGAUGGGCAGGCGACGACAACUGCUCGACAACACUCCACGACAGAAGAGAGCGCUCGAACAUCCUUCGGCAGCACUGGAACUCUGGACAGCACACGGCCGCAUCUCCUGGUGACGAUCAGGAUGACAAAGCGCGACAUCUCGCAUCUCAAGGGAAACAUACCGGAGACAAAAUAUCAAAACACCAUUUGGGAUCAAUGUGUAGAUCAUAGAUGAUGGUUGCAGCCUGAUCUGUACAGCUCCUGGUUGCCAUCAACGAGGAGACAAACACGCUGGUGAUAGAUUUCCCAUAUUCAAUUGCUAAGAAAUCAAUAAUGCUACAUGAUAU